UUUCUCCACCGGUCACUUCCGGUUUUAAUUCCCCUCUUUGAGUGGAAUAAAGACGUAAUAGUUUCGGAUUUGUGGACGACCGCGAAGGUGCAGACAUAUACCGUUAAUUUUGCGAACACGUAGCUCGAACGGUUUCGGUGAAAAGCAACGACCUAGUCGUAAAAAUAUCGGGAAAAUUCCAUUAGCUUUGAUGUCGGUACACGUGGAGCGCAACUGGACGACUUGUGCCGGGUGAAAAAGAAGGCCAGCGAUUGGUCUGUGGCAGCAGACCGCCACAUCCGGCAGUCGCGCUGCAGCUAUUGGUCGAUUAAGGUUCCAGAGAACGAAGUUGGUCGAGUUUCAUACGUAUUGAUAAAUAGCUCGUAGCUUGUGACUUUUAGCGAAAAUUAAAGGCGUUGUUGGAGUCUGUGGAAAAUGGUGAUAUAUCCGUGUAUGAACGUGCGAAUAAAAUAGUCCCACGUGAAUUUAUUAAAUGAAAAAUAAAGUGAACAUAAUAUUGUGGCCUGGGUGUGACGGAUUAUAUAUUGUAUAAAUUAUACAAUAGUUGUGUCGUGUUGCGUAGUGGGCUCACUCUUUGAUUAUUCGUGGAUUUACUUUGAGGCAGCCCGUCGUGUGUGCGGUGAGGAGAGCUUGGAAACCAGCGCGUGAAACAUUUUUUGCUCCGCCAUUGUAUGUCCCUACUGGACGGCGAAACGAGAGUUAUUCGCGGUGUGAUACAUACGAGGCUGGAGCCAACGUUGGCGUGGUGCAAGGGCUAACAUCGCGAUCAAGCAAUGAUGCUUGCAUAUUAUUAUGCAAUACACACGCAGCUUCAGUGGCUUUGGUGACGACGACGGCGCGGGAUGUUUUUAUCUUUGUUUUCCCACCCCUCGAGAAAUGCCUCUCUUUCUUUUCCGCAUCGCCUAAUCACGUGGGAGUGCGUCAGAGUAUAUUGUAUUCCCGGUAUUGCUCCGGGUACCGAAAAUACGCGAAGAAGCCUCAACAACCUCGUUCAAGUGCCGUUUAAACCGCAUACCAUCAACGAGGCGCCGCACAAGCACUUCCUCAAACUCCUCUAAAUACAAGUAAAUGUAGUUAUAAAAAUAAACAUAACAAUGCACCGCUCUACAAAGAGCGCUAGCAUAUUCAGCUUACCACUGAGUACACAGUGAUAUCCUAUGAUUCCCUGGUACCCAUGAAGAGAACGUCGGGUCGUCGUUAUUCCCGCGGGAAUGUAUCAGGGACUUAAUAACACUCUGUGACUAUUUACCAUUUAUCGUGUCAACUAAGAAGUGUUUAAAAGAAUAAGAGAAAAAACAACGGCAACAAGGUUAUAAACCAAACAAUAUAAAGCAAAGAAUAAAGACUUUAUUCUUAUCUUACUGUGAAGAUAUUAAGCAACGACGAACGUGGAGGAGAGGAAUGGAUGAAUGGGAGUGAGCGCGGUACACGAGGAGAGCAGGCGCAGGUGGGAGCCUCUGGAUGUGGAGGCUGCGGCAGUGGCAACGUCACUGGCAGUGAUGGCCCCUGCUCUGACGGAAGGUGGUCCUCAAAAGCCUGAGAACUUGUUAAACCCUCUGCCGAGCAGCGGAUUCCUGUCUCCCUCGCAGGCGUCGCAGGUCUGUCAGAACCGCCAAGUAUUGGCAAAAUUUGUUGUCUCAGCUAACGUACAGCCAUCAAAGAUAGACGAGCAGUGCCUCAGGGGUAUAUCUAAAGAGUUUAUCCGUGAUGUCAUUAAUUCGAGAUACGCCAACGGCCUGGAUACAUUGCCUGCAUUUAAAACCAAACCGAACUUGAUAUCGCGCAAGGACUUGAGUAACGAUACUGUACUUUGUCAAAGCGAGCAAAACGUGGGCUUUGACAGCCUGAAUCAAGAGGCAACUGAUAUUAUAAUGAACGACCCAUCUAUGGGUGAUCAACAGGAUAAUAUGGGUUUCUUAAAGUCAAAUAUAGACGUGCCACUUGCGUCCAAUGAAAAUCUUAACGACAAGAAUCUUGAUGUCGAUCAAAUAAUUAAUUUCGCCAGCGUUAUGCCCAGUGAAAAUGAACAAUGUAGCUCUAGUAGUGUCGGUGAUAUCGGACAGAACGUUGAGGACAUAUUACAAGUAAUUAAAUCCAUGGAAGGGGCUGAGAAUGCUGAGAAUAUACCUGGGGGAAGCAAUGAGCCCGCACCUAGUGCCGCAGACAGUGUGGAGAUGUUCCCUAUACCAGAGGGAUUUUCUUCCUUCGAAAGAGAUCUGCUUAACGACGUCGAUGUCAUGAGUCUUUGUAAUGAAAAUAUGAACAUUGACGCCGUCGAGCAACAAAAAUUUAAUAAUCUUCGCACCCAACAAGAUGCCGUUGCUCAAAAGCAACACGAAAGUGAAAGGAGAUGCGCAUUUUUAUUGCGGAGGCUCAGGAAGCUUCAAGCCAGAAUUAUCGGCCGGCAUGUAGCCGAAGAGAAUACAGGAGUCUUGGAGCUUGCCCAUCACGGGGUGAAAAAAUAUUUCAUCCAGGAGUUGGUUAACAUUAGUUCAAAAUCGUCUGUUAGGAACUUUCCUGAGAUUAGUAGUAGCUUGAAUUCAUUUUUGCAAAAACUUGAAAAAACUUCCGUUGCUCAGAGCAAUGGCAUUAAUAGACAACGUGUUUGUUGUCGAUACUUUGGUGGGGGUUCGCGGGAUAAUUUUGGCCCUUCGCCUAGCAGUACCACGAAUCGACAUCCAGUCUUUGGGACACCUCAAGUGAAAAUUCAAAGAAAUGACGUCGAAAGUGUUGCUGGACCUUUGACUAGCCAACUCCAUACCGUUGAAGCUAAUCUAGACUCAGAUUGUACUGCGUCGAGCAGCGGUGGUGAAAGUUGUGAUGAGAUGCAGACUUUUAACAAUCCUCAUCAACAGCCAUUGCCAAUAUCCAAACGAGCGGCUUGGAGAUAUGCUCAGGAUCGUGCGGGUGUGGCAUCACGGUGGACUUGGCUUCAGGCACAAAUAUCAGAUCUGGAAUAUAGGAUUCGGCAACACAAUGACCUACAGCGUCAUAUCAGAGCAACCAAAGGCUUGGUUAUACUUGAAAACACUGAAACUGUUAAUGGUUACAGCGGUGUUUUACCGGGAUCGACAGGUCGAUGUGGCGCAUCGGAUACCGAACCAGCGGCAAGCAGAACAAGACCUUUCAUGUGGAAUGUCUACAGAAAGAGAAAGUUGUUACAAGUCGAUAGAUUGCACGAAGUUUCCAAAAGGGCAGCUAAAGCUUCCACAGUUAGAUGUGGGUGCGAUCAUGUAUUACCUGCGUGUGCUUUGUGCACAGGUAGACAGGAUCCAACACAGCCGCAAGAACCAUUCGAGCAGCUUUCUGUGCAACAACGAGUUGCUCUCAUUGACCCUGGUUUCCAUCCAGUUCUCUCAUUUUCCGAUGAAAUUCUACACAGUACCCAUCUAGAGGCUAUUAUGAAAUCUGUGGAGUGGCAGCAGAAAAUGUUGAGAGGAAAUAUGCGAACAACUCGAUUGAAGGAUAAAGAGCAUAAUGAAAGGCGAAAUAAGAAGCUACCUGAACACAGAGCCAAGUAUACCGCUCGUUUGAAGAAAUCAUCGUCGAGUAUCCUCACUGCCAGUCAUUUUCUUUCAGGAAUCAAGAGAAAGAUGUUGAAGGGAAAACGAAAUAGGCUUAGCCACGACAGAGGUAUUCACGGAUUGACUAGAAAGAAGGUAACAAAAUUACCACUUGCUCCAGAUGAAGAUGAUGUACCGCAUUCAGGGUCAAGUAAACAUUCGUCUCCGGUACCUUCACCUUUGCAGCAUACUGUCACUGCAGAAAAAAAUCCGCCCAAAGAAAAAUCAUCUAGUACCCAUGGGCGCCUCAGGCAGAAUUCGUACGAUAUCGACAAUAUUGUGAUACCGUAUAGUGUAGCUGCUGCAACUAGGUUGGAAAAGUUACAGUACAAGGAAAUACUAACGCCAAAGUGGAGGCUGUGCGAAGAUCCUACAAAGGUAGAGGUGAAAAAUGGUAUCAUGCAUAGGCCUAGUCAAGAAAGUGAUGUCGAAGAUGUGACGGAUGAAACAAUUGCUCUGAGGCACGAACGGAGUGAACGAGAAGAAAAUAAACGAUUUAUGACGUAUGUAAAUAUGCCACCGCAGGCUCGCUUACGUCAUACUCGUCGCGCAGAUAGCAGGGCUGAUAGUGGCGCGAAUACUCCAGAUCCAAUGUCCCCUCAACCAAGUGAAUUUGGCGGAGAUGUGGUAUCGCCGAUAACGUCACCUCCCGCCACACCUCUGACGCCUCAGGAUAGUGAAAACACGCAGCAACAACUUUUGGACAUGCAUCGUCCAUCUGCGUUGCAAAAUAGUUUUCGCCGUCGUACUAUUUCUUCUUCGAGACCAAGCAGAGAUGAAAUUGGAGGUUCUUUGCCAGAAGAUGAUAACGAGGUCAUACCGUACGAGCCUCGGACAUUCCCUUUAUCAGAAGAUACCUAUGAUAGAAUGAUCGAAGCAAUGCCAGACGGCCACUGGCAAGCAUCGUCGGCAUCUUUAUGUUCCAGAGAAGACGAGAAAGGAGAGGAGGUAAGAGCCAGAGAUAGAAACUCCGGAAUCUGAUUCGACCGAGUCAGCAUGCUGCGACGUAGAGGGUGAGGACCCAAAUGAUCCCGAAUGGACAGUAGCCGACGACAGGGACACCGAAAAAGAGAGAAUACGCCCAACGGCAAAAAGAUAGGAAACUAAUUAAUAUUGACGACUGUUAAAUAACGUCUGCACCAUUGUUACUAUACGCAGAAGCUACCUGUCAAUUGUUAUAUAUACCCUUCGGUAAUGUGACAUGCACCUUAAGUUAAUGGUAUUAUGAAUCUGUAAAGUGUAUUAUAAAUAUAAAUUUUAUAACUUCA